AAAUGAGAUCAAGAAAUAUACACGUAGGUAGAGCAUACGUGUAUCCUUUCCUUUCUUGCUAGCUCCAUCCACUCCACUCCACUCCACUCUGCUACUCCACCUACCUCCCGGCUCCCGGAUCCGGCGAUGGAGAAGAUGCUCCACUCAGCCCCGGCCCACGGCAGGCUCCCGGAGUGCUUCAUCUUCCCGGCCGACAAGCUCCCGCAGGCCAAGGCCACCUCAGCGACGGUCUCCCUGCCCAUCGUGGACCUCUCCCUCGGCCGCGACGAGGUGCGGCGCGCCAUCCUCGAGGCCGGCAAGGAGAUCGGCUUCUUCCAGGUGGUGAACCACGGCGUCUCCCUGGAGGCGAUGCAGGACAUGGAGACGGUGUGCCAGGAGUUCUUCCGGCUGCCGGCGGAGGACAAGGCCGGGCUGUACUCGGAGGACACGGGGAGGGCGACCCGGAUCUACUCCAGCACCAUGUUCGACACGGGCGCCGAGAAGUACUGGCGCGACUGCCUCCGCCUGGCCUGCUCCUUCCCCGCCGUCGGCGACAGCGCCGCGGCCUGGCCCGACAAGCCCCGGAGGCUCCGGGAGGUGGUGGAGAGGUUCACGGUGCAGACGCGGGGCCUGGGGAUGGAGAUCCUGCGCCUGCUGUGCGAGGGCCUCGGCCUCCGCCCCGACUACCUGGAAGGGGACAUCAGCGGCGGCGACGUCGUCCUCCACGUCAACCACUACCCGCCCUGCCCCGACCCCAACGCCACGCUCGGCCUGCCGCCGCACUGUGACCGCAACCUCCUCACCUUGCUCCUCCCCAGCAUGGUCCCUGGCCUCGAGGUCGCCUACAGGGGCGACUGGAUCAGGGUGGAGCCUGUGCCCGGCGCCUUCGUCGUCAACUUCGGAUGCCAGCUUGAGGUUGUGACGAACGGGAUCUUGAAGAGCAUCGAGCACCGGGUGAUGACCAACCUGGGAGUGGCGCGGACAACGGUGGCCACGUUCAUCAUGCCCACCACGGACUGCCUCAUCGGCCCCGCCGCCGAGUUCCUCAGCGACGACAACCCGCCGUGCUACCGCACCCUCACCUUCGCCGACUUCAAGCGCAUCUACAGCGUUGUCAAGCUGGGCUCGUCGCUAAACCUCACCACAAAUCUCAAGAACGUUCAGAAGGAGCUCUGAUCAUCCAUCAAACUUUGUAGCCUCCCUCGAAUUGGCGGCGAGGACCUAGCUAGCUAGCUGGCAAGAUGUAGUCUGUGUCAUCACUGUCAUGUUACUGCCCGGACGUCAUGGUGAUGAUAGGAAUGACGGAAUAAAAAUGAAAUGGCAAAUAUGCGUGUUUGGCGCACGCAUAUUCUUGC